UGAUCGUGACAGUCGCCCAAUUGUUAACUGUGAUGAAUGAACACGAGUGAUUCCGUCGCUUCGAUUUUAGGUUCGAAUUUAGAAGAAUCUUGGCAAGAGGGAAAGAUAAAAAAAAAAAAAAAACGCGGAGCAGCGCAUCCCGAAAGGAACGGAUGUUUAUUUUUAGAGGAGUACCACACCGCGACCUGUGACGACCCUGAUAUGUUUCACGUGACGCGGGUCAAGGCGCGGUAUUGUUAGAGGGUUAAUAUUUACAUCUCUCGAGAUGUCGAACUGACGAUCCGCGUGAUAUAUUUAAAACUGCAGACUUUUGAUCGCCCGAUGCGAUAAAUCUGGUAUAAGCGAUGGCCGCCAAAGUGUAUCAACCCGAUCAGGAGCUGGAAACGAAAGUUAAGAAAGCGACGGAGCGGAUAUCGGAGAACAUGCACAUCGUCGCGAACGAGCCGUCGCUCGCGUUUUACAGGCUGCAGGAACACGUGAGGAAGGCGCUGCCGCCGAUGGUGGAGAAGCGCGUGGAGGUGCUGGCGCUGCAGCAACAGCUGCUGGGCAGGUGCUACGACGUGGAGUACGCGGUCAGCGCGAUCCGUACGAUGCACGGCGCCGGGAAGAGCUUCGAGAAUACCCUGGAGUUCAUCAAGAACGCGAUAUUCUUCAAGCAGCAGCUCAAGUACGAGGAGCAGAGGCGGCACAAGAAGGACGGCAGCCGGGACUCCGUCUACAAGAGGCUGUCGGCGCACAUCCCGACGCUGGACCACCUGCCGGACGAGAUAUCCGACGUGGUGCGGGAAACGGCGAACCGCGUCGAGUCGAUGAUGAAUCACGCCCGACACUCGGGCGAGACGCAACGAUCGGCCGCCACGCACAAUUAGAAGGGACGGGGCGGAGGGACGCUCGGUUUUUCUGUGAUAACAGCUCGCUCGUCCGCGAGUUUUGUAGAUUGCGACGCCGCGUAUAUAAUAUUAUUGAUAUAAUAAACAUGACAUAAACAUUUAUACUUUUGUUCUUUUGUUCGUUACAGGUAUCAUUAUUUAUUAUUGUAAGGCAGUGUGCGCCUCUAGUCUUACGGCUAAAAUUACGUUUUUAUCAAUUCUUUUUCUUUAUGUUACAUUUACAUUUCGAUAAAUAUACGUUUCAAUAGUGGCUCGAGUUCGUAUUGCAUUUCAAAUGACAUUACUGACAACUGACGACUCCUUUUAAUUGCAAAACGUUUUUGUCAUUUUGACGUCAGAACAUUUUAAAUA